CCCGCCAUCGGAGUUGUAGUACUGCUUUGAGACCGUGCGGGGGCGCUGUGCACCCAGUCUUCGCACAUUGACUGAACACGGACGGAGAGCUUUGUGCCGAAAACUAAACCUCUGAGUCAGACUAAUGAAUUAAAACGGCCCGAUUGGAAGAGGCCAGUAGAAGACCGUGUGGACCGUACAUCAACAAGCAUGGAGUUCCCGCAACAGCAGAAGCCUGCGGGGGACGGAAAGAUCUUCUAUCCUCCUGGAGUGAAGGAGAUCACGGACAAAAUAAGCAACGAUGAGGUGGUCAAACGGUUGAAGAUGGUGGUAAAGACCUACAUGGACAUGGAUCAAGACUCUGAAGAGGAGAAGCAGCAGUAUCUGGGUCUGGCGCUCCAUCUUGCCUCCGAGUUCUUCUUAAGGAACCCUAAUAAAGACGUUCGGCUGCUGGUGGCCUGCUGUCUGGCUGAUAUCUUCAGGAUAUACGCUCCUGAAGCUCCCUACACCUCCCACGACAAGCUGAAGGACAUUUUUCUGUUCAUCACCAGACAGCUAAAAGGACUAGAAGACACCAAGAGCCCUCAGUUCAACCGAUACUUUUACCUGCUGGAGAAUCUUGCGUGGGUAAAAUCAUACAAUAUCUGCUUUGAACUGGAGGACUGCAACGAGAUUUUCAUCCAGCUCUUCAAAACGCUCUUCUCCGUUAUAAACAACAGCCACAACCAGAAGGUGCAGAUGCACAUGAUGGAUCUGAUGAGUUCUAUCAUCAUGGAGGGAGACGGAGUCACACAGGAGCUGCUGGACACAAUCCUAAUAAAUCUCAUACCUGCACACAAGAAUCUGAACAAGCAAGCGUACGACCUCGCCAAGACUCUCCUGAAGAGAACGGUCCAAACCAUUGAGGCGUGCAUUGCAAACUUCUUCAAUCAGGUUUUAGUGAUGGGAAAGUCCUCGGUCAGUGACCUAUCAGAGCACGUCUUCGACCUCAUCCAGGAGCUGUUUGCCAUCGACCCCAUGCUGCUGACCUCCGUCAUGCCUCAGCUGGAGUUCAAGCUAAAGAGCAACGACGGAGAGGAGCGACUGGCUGUUGUACGUUUGCUAGCGAAGUUAUUUGGAGCCAAAGACUCAGAGCUAGCAUCACAGAACAGACCGCUUUGGCAGUGCUUCUUAGGACGGUUCAACGACAUCCACGUACCGGUCAGAUUAGAGUGUGUAAAAUUCGCAAGCCACUGCCUUAUGAACCACCCCGACCUGGCGAAAGACCUCACAGAAUAUUUGAAAGUGCGUUCUCAUGACCCAGAGGAAGCCAUCAGACAUGAUGUCAUCGUCACCAUCAUCAAUGCUGGAAAGAAAGACCUGAACUUGGUCAAUGACCAGCUGUUGGGCUUCGUGCGGGAAAGGACGCUGGACAAGAGGUGGCGUGUGCGUAAAGAGGCCAUGAUGGGCCUGGCUCAGCUUUAUAAGAAAUACUGUCUGCAUCACGAGGCCGGAAAGGAGUCGGCCCAGAAGAUCAGCUGGAUCAAAGACAAACUGUUGCACAUCUACUAUCAGAACAGCAUUGAUGACAAGUUGUUGGUGGAGAAGAUUUUUGCGCAGUACAUGGUGCCUCACAGUCUUGACACAGAGGAGAAGAUGAAAUGCCUCUACUACCUUUAUUCCUGUCUGGACACUAACGCUGUAAAGGCUCUAAACGAAAUGUGGAAGUGUCAGAAUAUGCUCAGAAGUCUCGUAAAAGAGCUGCUCGACCUUCACAAGCUGCCAGUGUCGGAGGCCAAUAACACCGCGAUGCUCGGGAAGCUCAUGAGUAUCGCAAAGAAUCUGCCGGAUGCUGGAAAGGCUCAGGACUUCAUGAAGAAAUUUAAUCAGGUUCUGAGUGAGGAUGAGAAGCUCAGAAUCCAGUUGGAGGUGCUCAUCAGUCCAACAUGCUCCUGCAAGCAGGCGGAGAUCUGUGUGAGGGAGAUCACUCGAAAGCUGACGUUCCCCAAACAGCCGACCAAUCCGUUCCUAGAGAUGGUCAAGUUCCUGCUGGAGCGGAUCGCCCCGGUUCACAUCGACUCUGAAGCCAUCAGUGCUUUGGUAAAGCUGCUAAAUAAGUCUAUCGAGGGGACAGCUGAUGAUGAGGAGGAAGGCGUCACCCCGGACACAGCGAUCCGCUCUGGUCUUGAGCUGCUUAAGGUCCUGUCAUUCACACACCCCACAGCAUUCCAUUCAGCCGAGACCUACGAGUCUCUGCUCCAGUGUUUAAAGAUGGAGGACGACAAAGUGGCAGAAGCAGCCAUUCAGAUUUUCCGUAACACUGGCCAGAAGAUCGAGACGGAGUUGCAGCAGAUAAGAUCAACUCUGAUUCCCAUCCUGCAUCAGAAAGCCAAGCGGGGCACGCCUCACCAGGCCAAGCAGGCUGUCCACUGCAUUCAUGCCAUCUUCAACAACAAGGAAGUGCAACUGGCCCAGAUUUUUGAGCCUUUGUCUCGCAGUCUCAACGCAGAUGUUCCCGAGCAGCUCAUCACUCCGCUUGUGUCUCUGGGUCAUAUAUCCAUGCUGGCUCCAGAUCAGUUCGCCUCACCAAUGAAAUCCAUCGUGGCUAACUUCAUCGUCAAGGAUUUGCUGAUGAACGACAGGUCGGUAGGGAACAAGAACGGGAAGCUGUGGUCCGCAGAUGAGGAAGUCUCACCUGAAGUUUUAGCAAAGGUUCAGGCCAUCAAGCUCCUGGUACGCUGGUUACUAGGAAUGAAGAACAACCAAUCCAAAUCGGCCAACUCCACCCUCCGGCUGCUGUCGGCCAUGUUGGUUAGUGAGGGCGACCUCACGGAGCAGAAGAAGAUCAGUAAAUCGGACAUGUCCCGCCUGAGGCUGGCUGCCGGCUCGGCCAUCAUGAAGUUGGCUCAAGAGCCAUGUUACCAUGAAAUCAUCACACCUGAGCAGUUUCAGCUCUGUGGCCUUGUCAUCAAUGAUGAGUGCUACCAGGUCCGUCAGAUCUUUGCUCAGAAGUUGCACUUAGCUCUCGUCAAACUGCUGCUGCCCUUGGAGUACCUGGCCGUUUUCGCUCUGUGUGCCAAGGACCCGGUGAAGGAGCGCCGUGCCCACGCCCGACAGUGCCUGCUCAAAAACAUCUCCGUCCGCAGGGAAUACAUCAAACAGAACCCCCUCGCUCAGGAAAAACUGGUAUCUCUUCUUCCUGAGUACGUGGUUCCAUUUAUGAUCCACUUGUUGGCCCACGACCCUGAUUUCACAAAACCACAUGAAUAUGAACAACUCAAAGACAUCAAAGAGUGUCUGUGGUUCAUGUUGGAAGUUCUGAUGACCAAGAAUGAGAACAACAGUCACGCAUUUCUUAGGAAGAUGGUUGAGAACAUCAAACAAACGAAAGACGCUCAGUGUCCCGAAGAUGCAAAGGCCAAUGAGAAGCUUUAUAUUGUGUGCGAUGUGGCUCUCUUCGUCAUCGCCAACAAGAGCACCGCUUGUCACCUGGACUGUCAGAAAGAGCCUGUCCUUUCCUCAAAGUUCUUCCUCGUACAAGACAAGCAGGAGUUUAAAAACGACAAGGAGUACCUGACAGGAGAGAUGAGACAAAUGCUGCUAACUGGAAAGCCCAAACCAGCUCCAGUUUUGGCGACUGUCAACAAAACUCUGACCGUUCCGGGUCGGAGGAUCAUCCAGAAGACCACUACAGCGUCAGACACGACCAGUAACACCAGCACCAACUCGUCUCCACUGGUCUCAGCUAACAACAAAAACAGCACCGACUCGUCAGAAAGUCGAGCACAGGAGAACAACGAGAACCCGGUCAUCAAGAAAGAAGAGACGAAGGACGAGCCGAGUCAGAAGCUAGUGACCGACGCUGGGAUAGAGGCAUCACCUGUGAGACGGCGCGGCCGUCCUACCAAAGCCGCAGCAGCCGCUGCUGCAGCAGCGCUGAAGGAAGCCGGAGCAAUACCAGCAGGAGGCGGAGGAGGCAAAGGCAGGAAGAGAGCGUCCGACACCACCACAGACUCCAUCAACGUCAAAAUGUCAAAGCAGUCGCAGCAGCAGAGUGACGAGGGGACAAAGAGACAGAUCGACUUGCAGCGGUAAAGAGGCGAAGAUGAAAUCCAGACUGUAGAGGACGGGCCUGAAUCGUCACACCUUCAACUCUACACACAAGCUCCUUUGACUCUUACAGUUUUCUUGGAGAUAUUAUGGACCUUCGACAUAAACACAAUAUACAAGCACGCACGCACACACAUACACACCAUCAUACUAGGAGAUUUUAAACACCCUGUAGUCAUUGAUUUGAAGCUCUGUAUGUAGGUCUUAUUCAGAAACCUAUCCCCCCCCCUUUUGUUUGUUGCUCUUCGCUUCUUUUUUGGAGCCAUUUUUAAGAAGAAAAAAAAUAAAACCAACUGGGAUGGACAUUUUACAAGCGUUUUGAUCUGAUAAUGAUUCUUGCUUAUUAAAUUCCCUGGGAAAACAACAACAAAAAAAACCCCAACAUCUUCUGCUGUUUGAGUCUUGAUGUCUUCCUCCUUCGUGUCUGGACUGCAGGGUUUCUUUUCAGCUCACCAGUUGAGUUUGUAAAUACACACAAAAGUAAAAAAAAAAGAAAAGAACUUUGUAAAU